AUGUACAAGUCGGAAACAACUUCAACUGAAUCUGCCACAAAUGCUUCUUCCUCGCAACAUCCUGAAAUAGAAAGAACUUAUAUGGCAAGCGACACAUCAACAAGGUUGGUAAAGAAGAAGAAGACGAGCACAAAGGCAUUAGUGAAGCGUCUACUAGGCGUUGUGGCGGACUCCGUUCACAGUGAUGCAAUCCACACCAAAAUUGAAGAAAAUCACCAAAACAAGGAAAAAAAAGCAGUGCUGAGUCCUGAAAAAGCAAAUGAAGACAUUGUGAAUGAAGAGAGUAAUGAUGUUUCAAAUCAUCUCUUGUUGGACAGUGUUUAUGUUGCUAGUACGUUGAGUUUUUCAAAAGAAUGA